UAUCUCAUAUUUAAAAUGGGGAUAUUAUAUGCCUACUUCAAGUGCUGCUUAUGGUCAUUGACAAAUGGGAAAGCACUUUGCACAGUAUUUGGCAUCUAGUGGGCACUUGAUAAAUAUUUCCCUUCCUAUCAUGUUGGCUUUUAGCCAACAUCACCUAGCCUUAGUGCCUAAUGAGUGAUGGCUCUGUUUAGCUAGCAUGGCUCUGUUUAGCUCUAUAUUUCCAUGGUGCCCUCAAUCCCAUGCUACUCUGAGAUUGACCAUAGGGGCCUCUCAGCACCACCUGGGUAAGGGGAGCCUACGAUGUGGCCAGAAACAGUAGUAACAUGGUCCCUGGACUAAUCUCUUCCCAGGACGAGAAGCUCACUGUGACCCAGGACCUCCCUGUGAACGAUGGAAAACCUCACAUCGUCCACUUCCAGUAUGAGGUCACCGAGGUGAAGGUCUCUUCCUGGGAUGCAGUCCUGUCCAGCCAGAGCCUGUUUAUAGAAAUCCCAGAUGGAGUAUUAGCUGAUGGGAGCAAAGAAGGAUUGUUAGCACUGCUGGAGUUUGCGGAAGAGAAGAUGAAAGUGAACUACGUCUUCGUCUGCUUCAGGAAGGGCCGGGAAGACAGAGCUCCACUCCUGAAGACCUUCAGCUUCUUGGGCUUUGAGAUUGUACGUCCAGGCCAUCCCUGUGUACCCUCUCGGCCAGAUGUGAUGUUCAUGGUUUACCCCCUGGACCAGAACUUGCCCAAUGAGCACUAAUGGUCAGAGGAUGCUUUGCCCAAGAGCCACAGUGGGGGAAGAGGGGAAGUUAGGCAGCCCUGGGACAGAGGAGGGGGCUCCUCGCUGUCUAGGGAAGGACGCUGAGGGGCUCAGGAUGAGGGUUGCCUAUUGUGUUCUUGGAGUUGACUCGUUGAAAUUGUUUUCCAUAAAGAACAGUAUAAACAUAUUAUUCACAUGUAAUCACCAAUAGUAAAUGAAGAUGUUUAUGAACUGGCAUUAGAAGCUUUCUAAACUGCGCUGUGUGAUGUGCUCUAUCUAGCCUACGGGAAGGACAUUGCCUAGAGGGGGAGGGACUAUCUGGGUCUGGGCCAAGACCUGGAGGGUUGGUGGGUAGCACUGUCAGGCUCAGGCUCCCCAGCUAUUGGGCUUUCUUUUUGGUUUUUAAGACUUGUGUAUUUUCUUUCCUUGCUUCCUUCCUGUCACCCCAGGGGCUCCUGAGUAUAGGCUUUGCAGCCCCAUGCGCAAAAGUGUCCUCGAGUUGUUUUUUGACACUCCACCUGGGCUUCUCUGUGUGCAUUUGUGUCCGGCCUGGAGAAAGCAGGUCUGACCCCCUCUUUACAGCUUAGUGUUUGUUAUUCUGGCAUUUGGUUAAACUGGCUUAAUCUGUUAAAUGUUAUCAGUGCAUUUUGAAUAGGGGCAUUCAAGUUCACUCCCACCACCAGGGCUUUGGGGUACCUGGGCCCUAUAAAAGACUAGCCAAACUCCAAUUCUCAGAUCAUGGCCAGGAGUUGUUGCUACUGGCUGCAUGGCCUAGGCCCCAGCAUCUCUCCUUCCUAGGGUCACAAAGCAGAGAGGAAGAGGAAUAGCGACUCAGGGCCUGGGGAUUGAGGGGGGAAUCUGUUCCUAAGGACUGGAUGCCUCUGCCUGGCUGAUGUAGUGCUAACUGUACCUCCCCACCCCGCAAUAGGUUCUGAAUAGUGCCUGAGACCCUGCUCCACAGGGCCUGGGCGUGGGACUGGGGUAGUAGAGGUGGCCUGCCCUUUUCUGUUUUCAAGGUACAGCUUGUUCUAAGGGGAGAGGAGGGGAGAGAGAUCUAGUCUGGGUGAGGGGGAUGGGGGUGCCAGGGUGGCAAGUGUGUUGUGUUACAGUGUCAAUAAACUGAUUUAAAGUUG